AACAACUAUUCAAGAUAUUUUUCUCUGCUUACAAGUUACAAUCCCAUGGGUGUGGGUGGUUCUUACUUCUGAAAGGGAUCUGAAAAGUAGAUUGCCACUUCCAUGGCUCUUUCAUUGUCACCUCCACUUUCUCUCCUGCCAAUCACUCCUUCCUCAAACCCCAACUAUCACUUCCCUUCUCGCUUCGCUUUCAAACCAUUCCCAACUUCCACCCCACUCUCUUUUCCCACCCUUCCCAGAACCUUUCAUAAUCAACCCAUCAGUUUCUGCAGCUGUCUCCCCAUGCCCCUUGAAGUUUCCACUUCAACUGCACAGUUGCAGGAUAGUUUGUUGUACUCUAGAGCAUACUGGGUCAGUGAGUCUAUAAUUGCGUGGAAUGUGGAUGUUGGAGAUGGUUCCUGCUAUUUGUAUUCUAGUAAAAUUGCUGCUUUAUCAAUCGGGGACAGUGGAAUCACAGGGCAUGAUAUGACGAUUCAGCUUGAAGAAGACAAUGGCGGGCUUCCUAUAAAUGUGAUCGAAAAAUUUCCUCAACUUCAAGGUUAUAAGGCUUUUAAAGUCCCUCAGGCAGUAGAUGCUAAAAGUCUCAUCAAAUGCCAGUUAGCAGUUGCUGCUUUUAGUUGUGAUGGGCAAUGCAACAAUGUUACUGGUUUACAGUUACCUGGUGUCCUAGAUGAAUUAUUCUCAUAUGAAGGCCCUCUUGGUGCAAUUUUCUCUAAAGAAGCUGUAACACUUUACCUCUGGGCUCCCACUGCUCAGGUUGUGCAUGCUUGCAUUUACGGGGAUCCAUCAGGUGGUGAUCCCUUAGAAAUUGUCUGCCUUGAGGAAUUUAAUGGUGUUUGGAGUGCUAGUGGACCAAAAAGUUGGGAAGGUUGCUAUUAUGAGUAUGAAGUCUCUGUCUAUCAUCCUAGCACACUGCAAAUUGAAAAAUGUACUGCCAAUGAUCCAUAUGCUAGAGGGUUAUCUGCAGAUGCCAGGCGGACAUUAUUAGUAAAUCUCGAUUCUGAUGAUUUAAAACCUGAAGGAUGGGAUAAUUUGGCAGAUGAGAAACCUGCUCUUCUUUCUUUCUCUGAUAUUAGUAUUUAUGAAUUGCAUAUAAGAGACUUCAGUGCCAGUGACCACACUGUGCAUCCUGACUUUCGUGGUGGUUAUCUUGCCUUCACUUCUCAGGAUUCAGCAGGCAUUCUUCAUCUAAAAAAAUUAUGUAAUGCUGGUAUCUCUCACUUACAUCUUCUGCCAACUUUCCAAUUUGCUGGUGUUGAUGAUGAGAAGGACAAAUGGAAAUGUGUGGAUCCUAACAUCCUGGAAACGUUACCUCCUGAUUCAGUUGAACAACAAGCACAAAUCAUGACCAUACAAGAUGAGGAUGGUUACAACUGGGGGUACAAUCCUGUUCUCUGGGGGGUUCCUAAAGGAAGCUAUGCAAGUAACCCUAAUAGUCCAUGCCGUACACUUGAGUUUAGAAAGAUGGUGCAGGCACUUAACCGUAUUGGCUUUCGUGUUGUGUUGGAUGUUGUCUAUAAUCAUUUGCAUGGAAGCGGGCCAUUUGAUGAGAACUCUGUUUUGGACAAGAUUGUUCCAGGUUACUAUUUGAGAAGAAACAGUGAUGGCUGCAUUGAGCAUAGUGCAUGUGUAAAUAAUACAGCCAGUGAGCAUUUUAUGGUUGAACGUCUGAUUCUCGAUGAUCUUUUGUGCUGGGCAGUUGAUUAUAAGGUUGAUGGGUUCCGGUUUGAUCUCAUGGGUCACAUAAUGAAAAGGACCAUGGUGAAGGCCAAAAAUAUGCUCCACAGUCUAUCAAAGGAUACAGAUGGAAUUGAUGGUUCAAGUAUCUAUAUAUAUGGUGAAGGAUGGGACUUUGGUGAAGUUGCAAAAAAUGGACGUGGAGUAAAUGCAUCACAGUUCAAUCUUUGUGGAACUGGUAUUGGAAGCUUUAAUGAUCGAAUUCGAGAUGCAAUGCUUGGUGGAUCUCCAUUUGGCCAUCCUCUUCAACAAGGUUUUGUAACGGGUCUAUUUUUACAGCCUAAUGAUCAUGACCAUGGUGGUGAAGAAGUUGCAGAGCGUAUGCUUGCUGUCUCAAAGGAUCACAUCCAGGUUGGGAUGGCUGCAAACUUAAAGGACUUUGUUCUGACUAAUUGUGAAGGGGAAGAGGUGAAAGGAUCUGAAGUUUCAACUUAUGAUGGGACACCUGUUGCAUAUACCGUAUGCCCCACAGAAACAAUCAAUUAUGUUUCUGCUCAUGAUAACGAAACUCUAUUCGACAUUGUCAGUCUGAAGACUCCAAUGCAGAUUUCUGUAGAAGAGAGAUGCAGGAUAAAUCAUUUGGCAACAAGCAUAAUAGCACUUUCACAGGGAAUACCUUUUUUUCAUUCUGGUGAUGAGAUGCUACGUUCAAAAUCUAUAGAUCGUGAUUCGUACAACUCUGGUGACUGGUUUAACAGGCUAGACUUCAGCUACAAUUCUAACAACUGGGGUGUUGGCCUUCCACCAAAAGAGAAAAACGAGAAGAAUUGGCCACUGAUUAAACCAAGAUUGGCAGAUCCAUCCUUUAAGCCUCAGAAAAAUCACAUAAUUGCUGCAGUUGAAAAUUUCUUAAAUUUAUUAAAGAUUAGGUACUCUUCACCACUCUUCCGCUUAAGGACAGCAAAUUCUAUCCAAGCACGGGUGCGUUUCCAUAAUACUGGUCCAUCAUGGGUCCCUGGCAUCAUAGUAAUGAGCAUUGAAGAUGGCCAUGAAGGUGUCCCUGGCUUAUCUCAACUUGAUCCUGUCUACUCGUAUAUUGUUGUCAUCAUUAAUCCAAGUCCAACUGAGAUCAAAUUUGCUAGCCCUGCACUGCAGGCAAGAACUCUUCAAUUGCAUCCAGUACAGGUGAUGUCAAGUGAUGGGGUAAUCAAGAACUCAACCUAUGAAGCAUCAUCUGGGUGCUUCAUUGUGCCCCCAAGGACGACAUCUGUGUUUGUUGAGCCUAGGGAAAUCUGAGUAGCAUGCAUCCCUACUGAAGGCAUCUGAUAUGUGCCAUGGUUAGCCAAGAACUUUGGAAAUUCCCCCAAUGGAGGUACACCAGCUAUCUCGGCUUCCUGGAGAGGAUGAAGCAAGAAAUACCAACAUGCACAUGUUUGUGUCUCAAAGUCUUCUUUUACUUGAAAUGAAUUUUGCCAAAAAGAGUGUAAAUUAGCAAGUGUGUGUAACACAUAAUAGAAUGCAUUUACCUUGGAUCAGUAUGUGCUCAUUUAAGAAUUUAGUUUGCUAUAUCCUGCAGAAGAAUGAAAUGGAUACUCAUUUAUAA